ACCCAGAUUGAAAGCAGAGUUUCGUUAGCACAAACUCCCCUAUCAUAAUUGUAAUCUAAAGUAACUGAAUGCAAUUAGCCACACCAGGGUCUCCCCUGAGCCCUCCCCUCCUCUGAAGACUGACAGCAGCCAUAAGCCGACACCUAGCUCUUUUAUAAAGCUAGCACACUACGUUCACUGCAAGAGCAGCAGGUCUCACAGGGUUGCACUUUACAAGAUCAUGUCACUGCUGCUCCUUCAGCUGUUAGUUCUCUCAUGUCUUGUAGCCACAGAGCCACAGCGAGAUUCAGCACAAAGGAAAAGCAGAGGGCCAUUUCAGCACUUUUUUUAUCUGGACAAAAAUCUGCUUGAAAGUCAGAGUUUUCGUGAGCUCGUAGGUGAAAACCCAGUAGGUGUUGAGGAAACCCUGGGAGAACCAAGCUUUUUUGUAGCAAUUCCACAGACAGCAUCUGAAAGUGAGAAACCAGAGGAGAAAAAAACAUCCAGAUUCAUCUUUCCCAACGCAGAACUCCACGCAGACCAAGACCUGAGAACCUGGGCAGCACCUAGAGAGAUGUCUCCCGUGGAAAACCUCUCUCCAUCCCACUAUUCCAGCAAGAAGAAGGCUGCAACUCCCUAUAGAAAAGAUGCCAAGAAAUUCUGGGACCACUUCAUGUUAAAGAAAAAUUCAGCAUCUGAAGAGGUUGUCCUGCCAAUCAAGACAAAUGAAAUGCACCAAGAAAACUGCAGAACCCUGCCUUUUUCACAGGGCAUUACUCAUGAGACCUGUGAGAAGGUGAUGGUACAGAAUAAUCUGUGUUUUGGAAAAUGUAGUUCCUUUCAUGUUCCUGGUCCAGAAGAUCGUCUUUAUACCUUUUGUUCUCAUUGCUUGCCCAGCAAGUUCUCCAUGAAGCGCCUGGAUCUCAACUGCACCAGUUCUGUCCCAGUGGUCAAGGAAGUCAUGAUUGUAGAAGAGUGUAAAUGUGAGAUUCAGAAAAUUAAAGACCCUGCAACUGGAUCGCUACUGUCAGACUUGCAUGCAAAUUUACAUGAGCACAAUUAACCUGUGCAAUGUACUUCCUAAAAAACGUAAAGAACUAAAGUUUUCCUCGCACUGGUACACAAAAAUAUUAAAGAUACAGACUUUCUACUUGAACUGCUUCUCUUCAUCAACAAAAAAAUAACCUAAAAUGUAACAGAUGUUUUCUUGCAGCUGUUAAGGGAACGAAGAUGAGGUUAUUUGGCUUAUUCGUAGAGUUCUUACUUUAACAAGGGAAACCUUUAAAAACAUUUCCACCCUUCUUAUUGCUGUUUAUAAGAUGCUAGAAAACCACAUCUGAGGAAAUAGAAUGAAUUAUCUGUGCAAAACCCUAAUGUAUUGACCAGUUUACACUGCCAAUAUAGCUCCAUUGGCAACACCGAUGAGGCUUUAGUCUCUUCCUUGCAAAAGCAGGUCUACUUUUACAUCAAGCUAGUGGCUGAAGAGUAUAAAAUAUAAAUUGACAUAAGACAGAUAGAGAGCUGUAACUAGUUAAGGUCAUUCUGAUUGCUCCCAGCUGGAGUGUAGUUCCCAGUGAAAACUAAUAUGCCUCACUCACUUAGUGUUUGUAAGUGGUAUUUUGCCAUAGAAACCACUUACUCUCUUACAUAGCUGCAUUUGCUCUGCACAGUUUUUUUACUGAAAGUGUCACAUAAUAGGAGAAAAAAAUAUUAAAAAUGGUAUACUCCCUCAGAAAACAUAAUAAAUGAAUGUAUUGUUAUUAUUAUUAUUUAGAUUCAUUGUGAAAAGACAAUGCACAUUUUCCAAUCUGAUGAAUUUUAACCUUGUCAGUGACGCCAAGAUAAAGUUCAAGUAAUGUUGACAACAGCUAAACUAAAGCAGAGAAGGCAUUUGUGUGAUAGAAAAUCUGCAGGACGCUAUCAGUAUCCCAAUACCUAUAUAGCUUUACAGAAACAGCCAAGAAAACUCUUUGUCAGGAAAGGUCUGAGUCUAGUGCUAGCCAACACAGCACCAGUGGCUGUUAGCCGAACUCCUGGCUUCUCUGCUCUCUCCAGCUUCUUCUCCCUAUAUUUGUCUUGCAGGCCUGGCACAUCAGGCAGUGAUCAGCCUCCAGCAACUAGAUUUCAGCCUAUUUCUAAUUGAGCUCCUUAAGUCCUCUGGAUAUCUGCUCCACUGCUAUUGCCAAACUCUCAGCCCUGAGCCCCUGUUGUUAAACUAUCCACAGCUCUUUUUCCGGGGGUACUAGAAAAAUCAGUAUUCAUAUAUCCGGUCAAUUCAAGAGUUGGGCAAAUGAUUCCUUGUAGCUGAACUGCACUGUGAUCUGAAGUGUCUUAAUAUCCUGCCAAAAAAUAUGUGCAGCAUGGCUUUGGAUUGCAAGGCCCUUAUUUAAUAUCUACUGAAAAUUGCAUCCAAAUAAUAUUCUGAUACUGGAUCUGAACUGCUGCAAUAGCUGUUUACUUUUGCAGGUCAGUUGCUGUGAGUGAACUGAAGAUUAGUAUAUAGUUAUCCUUCAUUAUAUAUAAACCUGGUUUUAAUUAAUAAAAAUUGUAUAAUAAAACUGAACAAAGCCUUCUCUCUAUCCUUUUACACUAAGUAUGGAUAUGCAAACUGUGUAUGGCUGUUUUUACGUUAUGGCAUUAUAUAUGAUGUUAUUGCAAGUAACAAACUGUCAAGGUCGUAUCAUCCCUGUAUUGAAUGCAAUAAAGGAAAUACUUAUUUUGACUUAA